GCAUCACUCGCGCGCACGGUAUCUUACCCGACAGCCACACGACUCUUGCAGCUAACGCGACAACGGCCACCUUGCCAAACAUUAAUCACCAAAUAAAAUGGUGCAACCUUUCCAAUACCCAACCGCACGACGACAUCCCGCCUACCACAAUCCCUGACUGCCCCGCACCCUUCCAUCCAAUUGCCCAUCGACCUGCAGACAUGGACAAUGUCGCCCUCAACACCGAGGUCAACGACACGCACCGCAGCCUCAUUCCUGCUCUCCUCAACUUCCACCUCCAGAUCAAGGACCUGUCAGCAGCGCAGAAGGCGGCCAUCACGGCCAUGGGAGAGGACCCCACCGACGUGUACGCCAUCAGCUACGAGUCCGUCCACGAGAAGCGACUGCUGCACGCGGGCGAGUACUGGGAGCUGGAGGCGACGAGCCCUGUGCCGUUCCGCGUCACCAUGACGGCACUGCCGCGACAGCUGCCGCCGGGCCUGCUAACGCAGCUCGAACGGACGCCAUUCUGGCGCCAAAACAAGGUCAACGGCAAGUUCAACGCGACUACCGAGCAGCUGACAGAAAUGGCGCUUGUUACCAUCCAGAGCCGGUAUCAGAAGGCCCACAAGCUAAUGUGCGACAAGGCGGAGGAGUACUGCACGCUCCACAACGUCAAAUUCGACGCCUCGACUGUCGGCCGCUUCCUGCUGGCUGACGCCGACGGCAACGCGGACGACGUGUGCAAGAUCGCGGCCGGGCAGCUGAAGUACUUCUUCUUCGUGAGGCGUGACCCCACACUGCAGUACUGCCCGCUGGCAUCGCUUAUGCCCAGCAGCAAUGGCAGCAGCAGCAGCAGCAGCAUCGGCUCCAACUCUGCCGCUUUCAUCAUCGGAGGCCUGGCGGUGGCCCCGGUGGACGACAUCACCCGGAUUGCGACGACCGUGGUGAUGCGGCCGAACAUCUUUGUGGCCAAGUACACCAACAAGCCCAAGGCCCUCACGCUCGGCACCGACACCAUGGACGCCUACAUGCCGCCUGCAAGCGGCCUCUGCCGGCAGCUGGAGCUCCUCUCCGGCGACUGCAUUGUCAACACCAGCGGACCCAACUAUGCGCACCCCGAGGCGCCCAUCUACAUACUCGUGUCGGCCGCCACCACGCCGCCCAACGGUGACUCGAUCACGCGCGUCGAGCAGCAGCUCAGCGCGGCGUCCAUGCCCGACACACCGGGCAAACAGCACCCGCAGCGCAUCACCUUUGAUGUGCUGCAGCUGGAGGCCUGGUACCGCAUUGCCUUCUCGCAAGUCAACUGCGUCAUUCAGAAGGCUGGCCCCGCCGCCGUGGCCAUGGACAUCGACGAGGAGGAGGAGGGCGACGCCUAACCGCCCAACACGGGCCGAGGAGCUCUACAACCCACACGGCUGCCAGCAACAAGGACAAUGCGGAGCAAACCCGCUGCCGGAAAGAGAGAGAGCAGAGGAUGUGGUGUGAGACUGCCGAUAGAACUGAGCGGUGCACGCACAGUGCGGCUGCAAUUUUCAGCAACAUGGGCGUAGACGCCGAUGGGUAUCGCUUGCCUGAGAGCCUCGAACUGCAGAGAGACAGCUUUUCUAAAUGUAUCGGAUUUAAUGUCUGCUGGCGCCAACUGCAGGACAAGAUGGAGGAUGCUAUGGGCCCUAGGAUAGCAGCGAGCAAUAUAGGUGAGGACAUAAGUAGUGGGAGCUAUGCGCACGCGGAGAGUAGCAAGACCGCCGACGCAGCGGUCACCUAUGGUAAAGUGGCAAGAGACGAAGAACUCAGCG